GUUAUUAUAUAUAUCCUUUCUCUCCCGGAGUUCCCUUCACUGUCCCCAUUUUCUAUUUUCCCAUUCAUUUGUUGGCGCGAAAGUGAUGAAAGUUGAGAAGGUCGGGAGAGAGAUGUGUAUAGCGAAUGAGAUUGCAGUAGAUGAGGAGUUGGAGCUGAAGCUUGAGAUGAUCUCUGAAGCUAAGAUUCCGUCCACCGUUGCGGAGUCCGACAGAGAUGGAGAAGAGAUGUUCGUUCCGCCUCUCAACUUCGCUAUGGUCGAUAAUGGUGUCUUCAGGUCUGGUUUCCCCGAUACGGCCAAUUUCUCCUUCUUACAAACCCUUGGCCUUCGUUCUAUCAUAUGUCUUUGUCCCGAACCUUAUCCGGACCACAAUACCGAGUUUCUUAAGUCGAACGGGAUUCAGCUUUUUCAGUUCGGAAUCGAAGGAUACAAGGAACCUUUUGUAAACAUUCCAGAAAAUAUGAUUCGUGAAGCACUCAAAGUUAUCCUUGAUGUUAGGAACCAUCCAGUUUUAAUCCAUUGCAAGCGGGGAAAGCAUCGAACUGGUUGUCUGGUGGGGUGCUUAAGAAAAUUGCAACGAUGGUGCCUGUCUUCAGUCUUCGAUGAGUACCAGCGAUUUGCUGCUGCCAAAGCUAGGGUUUCAGAUCAGAGGUUUAUGGAGUUAUUUGAUGUUUCCAGCUUGAAGCACCUGCCUGCAACAUUCUCAUGUUCCAACUCAAAGUCGGAAAGCUUUACUUCACAGGGAAGAGGAUGGAAAUCUUAUCCAAAAUAUUAAUGGAUAAUGGUGACCUCGAAGAUGGGGUUUGGCAGUGAAUGAAUAAGACAAUCCGUUUUUUUUAUAUGCGGAUAGU